CCCAACAAGCAGCGAUUGACGCAAGCGCUGAAAUGAAGCGUUCGCAAGCGCUCAAACGCCUUGAAAAGCUGAUCAGUGAGCUGAAUGAUUUCGUCCAACCAAAGGUCAAUAUCCAUAAAGAGAUAAAGGCCAAGGCAACCGGGGUAGUUAACGCCCUUCGAAGGUUUAAAAAACUGGACGAAGAAUGGCAGUCACCUCGACGACUCACUCCUCGUUUUACGCCGGAGAAGAGCAGUCAACUUACUGUGGAGAUCGAAGAAUCAAUGGACACCGGAGGCGAUGCUGACGGUGAAUCUGAUGCUAAAGACGAAGGUCAUACUUCCAACAAGUCUAACAAGAGGAAGGACCGAAACUCCCCAGAUGGAAUAGAUGGGCGAUUGACGAAGAGAAAGGACUUGAAACCAAGUCCUCCGAAAAACGUGAUGAAGCAGAACGCCGAAAAAAAAGACGCGACUGAUUGGAAAGAUGUCCACACAAGGAAAGAGAAACGGAGGCUAGCCAAAGAACAGCUCCCAAAGGAGCCUCCAAAGAAGCCCAGGCCGGAGCCUAAGCGCAAAAAACCGCUCAAAUGGAUCAGACCCGACGCACUGAUCAUCCGCCCGGCCGAGAAAGCAAAGUACGCCGAGAUUUUGCGUCGCAUAAAGAAGGACGUCCCUGAUGAGCAAGUUCGCACAACAGUGGACAAGAUCAACAAGACCAGAAGCGGGGACUUGCUGAUUACGAUUUCGCGGAAGUGCGUGGACAAAGGCCAAGGCCUGCAACAUACCAUCGCAAACAUUCUUAAGGAGGAGGCCAAAGUCGAGAUCCGAGACCUAGAUGACACCACAACAAAGGAGGAUAUUCAGGCUGCGCUGCAUACGGUAACCAAGGAGCUCUGCGAAAUACUACCAGAGACAAUCAAGAUCCGCAAAGCCUACAGAGGUACCCAAACCGCUGUCGUGACACUACCAGCUGCAGCAGCUCAGAAGAUAUUAGAAGGAAGCGGUAAAAUCCGAAUUGGCUGGGUCAACUGCCAAAUUAGAGCCACGAGGAAACCUACCCAAUGCUACAAAUGCUGGCAUUUCGGGCACCACGGAUCCCAGUGCAGAAGCAAGACAGAUCGAUCCAAGCUAUGCAUCAGAUGCGGCCAAGAAGGACACAAGAUUGCGGACUGUGCCUGGUAUACAAAGAGGCACUCCAGAGACAAGCAAGCAAACAUGAGGAUAUUACAGCUUAACCUCAAUCACUGUGAGGCCGCGCAUGACCUGCUCGUGCAGACCGUGCGUGAAUUAGAGCUUGAUUUAGUAAUAAUAGCAGAGCCAUACAGACACCUGAAUAACCAACCUUGGGAAACUGACAGCACCACCAAGGCUGUCAUCUGGUCCUGUGGCAAACUUCCCUUCCAGAGCAUAGUGAGCAAUGAUAGCAUCGGCUUUGUAGCAGCGUCUAUUAACGACAUCCGUCUUUAUAGUUGCUAUGCACCACCUAGCCUUUCCAUUGCCGACUUUACUGAUUUCCUGGAUCGACUAACCGAAGACGCAAAGCAAUACUACCCAGUAGCUAUAGCAGGGGACUUCAAUUCCUGA